AUGGCGGUCAUUGACGUCACAAAGGACCUCGCCGCCCAGUUUGUGCGGCAGGCUCAGGCCACGCCCGACGCCGUCGCCCUCGAGGAUGAGUGCCGCACGCUCACCUACGCCGAGCUCGAUCGGGAGACGUGGGCGCUCGCCGAUCGCCUGCGGCAGCAUGGCGUCGGCCGCGAGGACCUCGUCGGCGUCCUCAUGGGUCGCGGCGCCGACAACGUCAUCGCCUCCCUCGCCGCCCUGCGAGCCGGUGGUGCCUAUCUCGUCCUCGAGCUCGCCUACCCGGCCGGCCUGCUGAGGGACGUCGUCGACGAUGCGAACCCAAAGGUCAUCGUCACCCACAAGGCCCACGCCGCCACCAUCAAGGCCCACGUCCCCGUCAUCAUCGUCGAUCUGCCCGGCCCGAGCGACGGGAACACGCCGACACCCCUUCUCUCGGCCGAGAUGAUGGAGCCUCUGCCGGACGAGGAAGACGUCGACCGGCUCGCCUUCGUCUCCUACUCGUCCGGCACCACCGGUCAGCCCAAGGGGAUCGCGAACCCCCACAAGGCGUCCAUUCUCUCGUACGACCUGCGCUUCGGCCUGCAGGACCUGCGUCCCGGCGACCGCGUCGCCUGCAACGUCUUCUUCGUCUGGGAGAUGCUGCGGCCCCUGCUCCGCGGAGCCACCACCGUCGCCGUGCCCGACGCCGCGAGCUACGACCCCGUCGCCCUCGUCGAGUUCCUGUCGGCCCGCAACAUCACCGACACCCUCAUGACCCCGACCCUCCUCGCCACCGUUCUCUCUCGCCAUGGCAAUCUCGGCGCGAAGCUGCCGCAUCUCAAGUCCCUCUGGCUCAACGGCGAGGUCGUCACCACCGACCUCUGCCGUCGCGCCUUCGCCGCCCUUCCCGGCACGCGCCUGCUCAACGUCUACAGCGCCAGCGAGACGCACGAGGUGGCCGCCGGCGACCUCAGGAGCUUCUUCGACGACGAGUCCCGCGUCUGCCCCGUCGGCCCGCCCCUCGACCCGGAGCACAUCUACAUCCUCGACGAGGCCGGUAACAGGGUCUCGGUCGGGACCGCCGGCGAGCUCUACGUCGGAGGCCAGCUGCUGGCGCGGGGGUACCUCAACCUUCCCGAGACGACGGCCAAGGCCUUCCAGCCCGACCCCUUCGAUCCGAGCGGGAACCGUCGGAUGUAUCGCACGGGCGACAUGGCCCGCCUGCUGCCCUCGGGCCUGCUCGAGAUCACCGGUCGCGUCGGCGGCAUGAUCAAGACCAGGGGCUACACCGUCCAGCCGGGCGCCGUCGAGACGUCCAUCGUCAAGCACCUGGCCGUGCGGGGUUGCGCCGUCGUCGCCCGCGGAGAGGGCCUCGAGAAGCAGCUCGUGGCCUACGUCGUGCCCGACAAGGGCGAGCCCAGGGGCCGCACCGUGCUCGUCGUCGACGAGUCCGGCUACAGCCCCGUCGCCCGCCGCGCCCUCACCGACCACCUCGCCCAUUACAUGAUCCCCGCCCUCUGGGUUGAGCUGCGGGAGCUGCCCACCCACGGCGUCUCGGGCAAGACGGACCUCAAGGCGUUGCCGCCGCCGCCGUCGCCCAGCACGCCCGUCGUCAAGGCCAAGAAGAAGGAACGCGACACCAAGGUGCAGAUGGACACCAUCGUCAAGAUGUGGGCCGCUUCGCUCAACAUUCCCACGAGCGCCAUCUCGCCGAACCACAGCUUCUUCGACCUCGGCGGCCACUCUCUGAUCCUCGCCGACCUCGCCGGUCGGCUCACGCGGGCCUUUGGUUUCCCCGUCCCCCUCGGCCCGCUGGCCGGCACGCCCACCUUGGAGGGCCACCUCGAGGCCGUCAAGGGCGCGCGGGACGGCCACACGGCGGCGGUGCAGGCCGACCUGCCGGCAGUGCUGCGUGCCGACUGCGUGCUGCCCGAGGAGAUCCAGUCCGACGGCACGCCGCUGCGUCGGCUGAGCGAUGCCGACACCGUCCUGCUCACCGGCACGACCGGCUAUCUGGGUGCCUUCCUGCUCAAGGCCAUUCUCGACAGCACCUCGGCCCACGUCCUGUGUCUCGUCCGCUUCACCGAGCCGUCAGAGAACUACCGGCCGGCCGGCAUCGCCCGCAUCCGCAAGAACCUGAUCGACCUCGGCAUCUGGGACGACACGAUGCUCGAGCGCAUGGAGAUUGUGCCCGGCAACCUGGCGCGCAACCGUCUCGGGCUGUCCCCCGAAGCCUUCGACGAGCUUGCGUCCCGCGUCGAGGUCAUCGUCCACGCCGCCGCCACGGUGAACCUUGUGUAUCCCUACGCGGCGCUGAGAAAUGCCAACGUCGGCGGCACGCGCGAGAUGCUUCGGCUCGCCUCCCGCGCCGGCGCCACGGUCCACCACGUGUCGACCAACGGCGUGCUGCCGCCCUCGGUCGAGGGCUGGAACGAGGAGACGAUGCUCGACAUCGACGCCGUCCCCACGAAGCUCCUCGACGGCUACGGCCAGACGAAGUGGGUGGCCGAGAUGCUCGUCUACGAAGCCGGCCGACGCGGCAUCCCAGUCAAGGUGUACCGUCCGGGCACCAUCAGCGGCCACAGCGUCACCGGGUCGACCAACACGUACGAUCUCCUCAACGCCCUGUUCGUCGAGUCCCUGCACCUCGGCGUCGCUCCCGAAGUCGACGGCUGGCUCGCCGAGAUGACGCCCGUCGACUUUGUCAGCAACGCCAUCGUCACGCUCGCCAACCACCCCUGCACGAAGCAGCGGCUCUACCACCUCGGCGACCCCAACCCCGUCUCGGCCAACGAGGUGUUUGCGAGCCUCGAGGCCCUGGGCUACCCGACCGAGAAGCUCCCCUUUGACGAGUGGGUGACGCUCUGGGGCGAGAAGCGCGGAACGCGGGCCGGCGACGAUCCCUUCACCGUCGACAUCCUGCGCGGCGGCAUGCCGACGGUGGAGACGCUGCGGUGCGUGACGGUGUUGAAGGACGACGCGACGCAGCCCGCGCUCGACCUCUACGGCCUGAAGCGACCGAAGAUCGACACGCACCUCUGGGAGACGUACGCUCGCCACUUCUACGCCCGAGGCUGGCUCUCCCAUCCUCCGCGCCGCCUGCACGUGAACGGCAACGGCGUCCGCGCCAAGAGGGGGCGUCUCGCCGGCAAGGUCGCCGUCGUCACGGGCGCGUCGUCGGGCAUGGGUGCCGCCGUCGCCGCCAAGCUGGCCGCCGAGGGCGCCCACGUCGCCCUCGCCGCCCGGCGCAAGGACCUGCUCGAAAAUGUCAAGGAUGGCCUCGCCGGCUGCAGCGGCAAGAUCCUGACGCACCCGACGGACGUGACGAGCGCGCGUCAGGUGCAGUCCCUGAUGCAGACGACGACGGAGAAGCUCGGCCCCAUCGACAUCCUCGUCGUCUGCGCAGGCGUCAUGUACUUCACCAUGAUGGGGAAUGUCCAGGCGGACGAGUGGGAGCGGACCGUCGACGUCAACUGCAAGGGCCUGCUGCACUGCCUGUCCAGCACCGUUCCGGGCUUCCUGCAGCGCGGCAAAGGCCACGUCGUCGCCAUCUCGUCCGACGCCGGCCGCAAGGUCUUUCCCGGCCUCGGCGUCUACUCGGCUAGCAAGUUCUUCGUCGAGGCGACUCUGCAGUCGCUCCGUCUCGAGACGGCCAACUCCGGUCUGCGCGUGACGUCCAUCCAGCCCGGAAACGUCGACACGGGCCUGCUGGGCAUGUCGACGGACCGAGAGGCGCUGAAGAAGUAUGGCGAGCCGACAGGCGCCAAGGUCCUCGACGCCGAGGACGUGGCGAAGGCGAUUAUGUUUGCCGUCCUGCAGCCGGAGCAUGUAGCCGUGAACGAGGUGCUCAUAGAGCCGCGCGAGGAACCGAUCUGA